GUGGGGUGCUGAGCGGGACUGAAGCUGCUGCCGUCUCGGCCGCCGCCUACAGAGUCGCCUUGUGCCUGGUGCUACCGGGACGAUGCGGCCGGGGCCCGGAGGCUGCUGCUAUCGUCGCCCUGUGCGGGCGAACGGCUGCGUGGCGAACGGGGAAGUGCGGAACGGGUACGUGAGGAGCACCGCCGCUGCCGCCGCCGCCGCAGCCGCCGCCGCCGGCCAGGUCCAUCAUGUUACACAAAAUGGAGGACUUUACAAAAAACCGUUUAAUGAAGCUUUUGAAGAAACACCGAUGCUGGUCGCUGUGCUUACUUAUGUGGGGUAUGGUGUACUCACUCUCUUUGGAUAUCUCCGAGAUUUCUUGAGGCAUUGGAGAAUUGAAAAGUGUCAUCAUGCAACAGAAAGAAAAGAACAACAGGACUUUGUGUCAUUGUAUCAGGAUUUCGAAAACUUCUAUACAAGAAACCUCUACAUGAGGAUUAGAGACAACUGGAAUCGACCGAUCUGUAGUGUGCCUGGAGCCAGGGUGGACAUCAUGGAGAGGCAGUCUCAUGAUUAUAACUGGUCCUUCAAGUACACAGGGAAUAUAAUUAAAGGUGUUAUAAACAUGGGUUCCUACAACUAUCUUGGAUUUGCACGGAAUACUGGAUCAUGUCAAGAAGCAGCUGCCAAAGUCCUAGAGGAGUAUGGAGUUGGAGUGUGCAGCACUCGGCAGGAAAUUGGAAACCUGGACAAGCAUGAAGAACUAGAGAAGCUUGUGGCAAGUUUCUUGGGAGUAGAAGCUGCUAUGGCAUAUGGCAUGGGAUUUGCAACAAAUUCAAUGAACAUUCCUGCUCUUGUUGGCAAAGGUUGCCUGAUUUUGAGUGACGAACUGAACCAUGCAUCUCUGGUUCUAGGAGCCAGACUCUCGGGAGCAACCAUUCGAAUCUUCAAACACAACAAUAUGCAAAGCCUAGAGAAGCUGCUGAAAGAUGCCAUUGUUUAUGGUCAGCCUCGGACUCGAAGGCCCUGGAAGAAAAUUCUAAUCCUUGUGGAGGGAAUAUAUAGCAUGGAGGGAUCUAUUGUUCGCCUUCCUGAAGUGAUUGCUCUUAAGAAGAAAUACAAGGCAUACUUGUAUCUAGAUGAAGCUCACAGCAUUGGGGCUCUGGGCCCUACAGGUCGAGGGGUGGUAGAUUACUUUGGCCUGGAUCCUGAGGAUGUGGACGUUAUGAUGGGAACAUUCACAAAGAGUUUUGGUGCUUCUGGAGGAUACAUUGGAGGCAAGAAGGAGCUGAUAGACUAUCUGCGAACACAUUCCCAUAGUGCAGUGUAUGCCACGUCGCUGUCACCGCCUGUUGUGGAGCAGAUUGUCACCUCUAUGAAGUGCAUCAUGGGGCAGGAUGGCACUACCCUCGGCAAAGAAUGUAUACAGCAGUUAGCUGAAAACACCAGGUAUUUCAGAAGACGUCUGAAAGAGAUGGGCUUCAUCAUCUAUGGAAAUGAAGAUUCUCCAGUGGUGCCUUUGAUGCUCUACAUGCCAGCCAAAAUUGGCGCCUUUGGACGGGAGAUGCUGAAGCGGAAUAUCGGGGUAGUUGUGGUGGGAUUUCCUGCUACUCCGAUUAUUGAGUCCAGAGCCAGGUUUUGCCUGUCAGCAGCUCAUACCAAAGAAAUACUUGAUACUGCUUUAAAAGAGAUAGAUGAAGUUGGGGACCUAUUGCAACUGAAGUAUUCCCGUCAUCGGUUGGUACCUCUACUGGACAGGCCCUUUGACGAGACUACAUAUGAAGAAACAGAAGACUGAGCCUUUUUGGUGCUCCCUUGGAGGAACUCUUCCUACCAGGACAGUGUGUGGCUUUUCUGAGCCAGUUCCAGGAACCAUACUUCUGUGGCCAUCUCACGUGAAAGACAUUUCCUCAACUACUGACGGUGGCCACCUCACUCUAAGUGGCAUUUUGUAAAUAGUAAAAAACUGCUUCACGUUCUUCCUUUGCUACAUUUCACCUUUCAAAAAAGAGGUGACCCGCUCUCUACUUUUUUGUCCAUUAAAAAUGUUUUAUUUUAUAACUCUUCUCCUUGUGAAAUCACGCUGACCCUAGCCUGUCCCUGGCUAACCACGCAGGCCGUUACCCUCUCCCUGCCACCUGCAGACUUGGCCCUACAAAAGCUCCUGCUGUCCCCCGUACUACAGCCUGGAGACUCACCCGGCCCUCCUUCCCAGGGAGCAAGUGCCUUCCGCUUACUUCCCAUCCAGGUCUCAGAGGCCACCAACCUCAGAAUCCUUAUUUAACCUGUCAAGGAUUCGACCAAAGUGUUCCUUUCAUCUCAAGUUUAGCCGUUUAAGAAAAACCUAAACACUAACAUUGCUAAAACCGCCCCUCAUUAUGUAUCUCCCUCUGGCCAGCAGCCUCCCAAGGCUUGGUCUUGUUCCGUUUUGUUCUGGUCACCAGAUGAUUUCUUCCUUCACCAUCAAAUAUUUCUUUGUAAUGGUCACCGUCUGAGGGCUAUGUCCACUUUCUUGGGUUUUCCCCAAGCUCUAAACUAACACUCCCACUUGCUAUUUAAAACACUUAAAUUGUUCAAAAAGUACUCACAUCCCACCCUGGUCAGACCUGUUGUGGUGGAGCUGACUCACACCUCACUGUGUGUUCUGUGUCUACAGCUGUUUGGCAGAGUGACCUGCCAUCCUGCAGGGGUCAGAGGGCUGGGGCAGUGUGGAGAGAACGGAUUACUCCCGGUGGAACAUCUGUGGUUGAUUCAUACUGUUUACUUUUCUGCCUGGGUCUGGGUCCAGAUUAGGAUUUAAACUGAUAAAGGAAAAUGUUGGUAAAUCCUCUACUCAGAAAUCAUUUGUCAUGUUCCUCUUUAAGGAUUAAAGUUAUUAACUUACCCUUUUUAGAA